GAAACACACAUUCAUUGGGAUGAAUCUUGUUUUAAAUUGAUUAAUGCUAUUGAUAACUUGCUGUUUCUGUCUAUUUGUUUAGAUUCUCCCAAAGAGGCUCAAAACGUGGCUUCAACUAACACAAAGGAAGACAGGCCUCAGAGGAAAACGACCAGAGAAACAUUUACAAGAAGCAGCAGUCCAGAGACCAGUUCCUCACCAAGAAAGAGGAUGAGAAUGAUGAUGCCUGAGGAUUCCCAAACAUCAGGCUCUGAGGUGAAAAUCAAACCUCAGAAGAAAAGAAAAAGGGACUCUGCAGAGACCCAGUUUGAAAACAGCCUGGAAAGAUUAAUGCCAAAGAAGAAGAAAAUGAAGCUGGACAAAGAUUUAGUCAAAGCUAAAACAGAUUCUCCCAAAGAGGCUCAAAACGUGGCUUCAACUAACACAAAAGAAGACAGGCCUCAGAGGAAAAGGACCAGAGAAACAUUUACAGGAAGCAGCAGUCCAGAGACCAGUUCCUCACCAAGAAAGAGGAUGAGAAUGAUGAUGCCUGAGGAUUCCCAAACAUCCGGCUCUGAGGUGAAAAUCAAACAUCAGAAGAAAAGAAAAAGGGACUCUGCAGAGACCCAGUUUGAAAACAGGAGUCCAGACACCAGCUCUCCGGAGAGGAAAAAAAGGAAAAAGGGUCUUCUUCAGGCAUCUCAGCAGGAUCCAUGUGAAGCUGCAUCCUCUGAGGUUACACUUAAACCUCGGAGGAAGAGAACAUUGGGAACUUUUACAGUUCCACAGUUUGAAAGCAGCUCAGGCCAUGGCUCUCCGGAGAGGAAGAGAAGAAAGAUUGGCUUUCUUGGUGUGUCCCAACGGGAUCGAUGUGAAGCUGCAUCAUCUGAGGUUACAGUUAAACCUCGGAGGAAGAGAACGUUGGAUGAUUUGACAGAUGCUCCACGUGGAAGCAGCUCAGGCAGCUGUUGGAAGAGAAAGAAGAAAAAAUCAGGCUAGGACAGGAAGCAGCUGCACCCAGUGUGGAGGGCUGAAAGGACCAGAACUUCAUGAAGAGGAUGUAGAAGAUGGUAUCAGUAUUGCAGGUUUACAACCUGCACAGGUGGUAGCACACACUCACACACACAAAAAAAAUGCCCAGUGUAGUUUAGAGAAUAUAUAGAUGCCUACAUUUAGAAACACAUUCAUUGGGAUGAAUCUUGUUUUAAAUUGAUUAAUGCUAUUGAUAACUUGCUGUUUCUGUCUAUUUGUUUAGAUUCUCCCAAAGAGGCUCAAAACGUGGCUUCAACUAACACAAAGGAAGACAGGCCUCAGAGGAAAAGGACCAGAGAAACAUUUACAAGAAGCAGCAGUCCAGAGACCAGUUCCUCACCAAGAAAGAGGAUGAGAAUGAUGAUGCCUAAGGAUUCCAAACUAACACAAAGGAAGACAGGCCUCAGAGGAAAACGACCAGAGAAACAAAAAAAUGCCCA